GGUGUGACCGGGGAAGUUCUGGGCGCUGAUGAUCCCUCCUGCAGUGCUCUGAGGCCAGGGUGCGAGAGGCCCCGGGGAGUUACGCGGUGUGCGGCAAGAAAAAGUAGAUGUUGUGGCGGUGGCGGGCGCGUCGCAAACCAUGAUGCUCCGGAAAUGAAAAGGGAAGGCACUUACGGUGGAGAUAAAUGACCCUCCCAGCUGGCCGCCCUCACCACCAUUACAGCGACCACCACCACCACCACCACCACCACCACCACCACAGCCAAGCCAGGUCAACAAACAACAACAACAAUGACCAUGACGACAAAAAUAGCAACAAUAAUACCAGCAGUUGCACUACAAUAAGUCUCUCUCUCUCUCUCUCUCUCUCUCUCUCUCUCUCUCUCUCUCUCUCUCUCUCUCUCUCUCUCUCUCUCUCUCUCUCUCUCUCUCUCUCUCUCUCAGUUAGGAUCAAAAUACCACGCCACCAGUAACUAACUAACUGACUGACUGCCACUACCUCAUUUCGCCAAAACAACAAAUCAUUUAUCACAAAAGUUGGCAACCCGUAAGACGUUCUGCGCAGCGCCACGCAUCAGUUCCAAGGCAGGCCGUGCAUGGGUAGCACACGAUUUCUACCAUUUCCGGGAUUACCGCACCAGGCUAGUUUUGUGAUGGAGAACGAAACACUCUUGGCAGUCAGAAGCAGCAACACACGUGACAUUCCUGACACAUUGGUACGGGAGAUAAAAGUUAGAGGAUUGAAGUGGCUUGACAAAAAUCGCAGAAGAGAGAAAAAGAAGAGAAAACAGAGACGAAAACAGAAGGGGAUGAUAAAGAGCAGCAGUAGAUGACGGGCGCGAGGGGGCGUCCAGACAGCUCUGCUUCCCGGCUUACUGGGGGACUGUGGCCAUUAAGUCAUCAGGUUACGCCUUUGCUACGGCAGACGAGGGACCGGACUCUCAUUGCGGCCUUAAUAUGACCUUCCUCCAACUGCCUCUACGCCGCCGCCGCCGCCAGCACCACCACCACCACCACCACCACCACCACCAUUAGCGUUCUGUGCUUGGUAAGGCUUCGUCUCCGGACCCGACCGCGGCCAGCCAGCGUCCGAUACUGCUUCAUUUCUCUGCUUCACGGUUCAUAUGCAUUCCAUUUUUCGUCUUCCGCGCUCGGAGCGGGUCACGGGCUGGCUGGCUUGGGUGGUGGAGUUGGUGUCACGCUCGAUACGGGGCCGGGGGAGGUGUGUCUGACUCCUCUGUGCUCAGUUGGGUCUCGUCCGUGGUCGCGGGAGGAGCUCUUUGCCCCUCGCCCACCCUCGUCCACCCCACUCGCUCGCCGCACGUACUACCAGCGCCGCCACGAGCAUCCCGCGCCGGACGGAGUUGUAAAAGUUAAAGUAAAAAUGUUGAAGUACACGGAAAAUGAACCGAAGUCAAAAAGUUAAUGCAGUGUUUCAAUUAGACGACAAUAAUUGAACGUGUGUGUGCGUGCGUGUGUGUGUCCUUUCAUUACUUAACUGUGCUGGAAUAUAAUAUUAAAAAAAAAGUCUCCCCUUAGUCUCUGGAAGGUGGUGAUCUCUCGCUAACGUCUCUGACCUUUUGCAUGAGUGGGAGAGUUAGUGAGUGACAGACGAGAGAAGAGAGAGAGAGAGAGAGGAGAGAGCGAGAACGAGUUUAUCUACAAGCGGACUUACGGAGAGAAGAGAAGAGCUCGAGUUUUUGGGAACUUUUUAACUUGCGCCUCUCGCUCCGCCACUCAAGAUUUUUGGGACAUUGAACAAACCAGAAAAUAUAAAAGACACGCUCCUCGCCCUGACGCGUGGCCCGAACACCACACACCGCCACGCCAUCGCCCAGAAGGCUGCGUGUGGCGUGGAGGGCGCGGGUGGCAGGGCCCGGGAGGGACGAACCAGCGGCAACUUGGCCCAUUAGCGCCGCCCUGAAGAAGGAGAUAGCGCCAGCCUCUGGGGAGUGCCGCCACCCUCUCAAGAGCUCCUUCUGCUGAGCCGCCAGUUUCCCUGCCAUCGUUUUUUUAGAGAAGCGACAGAAAAAAGAUAAGUAAAAAGAAAAGCAUUACAUUCUUCCUUUUCCGCUGGAGUCGUCUUUCUUGUGGUCUUAGGAAUGCGGAAGGAGUUUCUCUUCAGACCCUGUCUCCCGCAUGGCGUCUGCACCAGGAAUUGAAGGACGUCCAAACAGCGAACUGAAGGAAAAUAUCAAGGCACUAUUUUCUGUUGACUGUCCCGCUGUGAAUGUUAAGGGCGGGCCAACCAGUACAGCUCCCGCCAGCCAGCCAGGCCUUGGCGGCACGGCAAGAGUAAUUGCCCGUCAGAAGCCCCGCACCCCGCAGUCCCAGGCCUGAACAUCUCGCCUCUGAUUGGCUGCUGCCGCUGCUCUUCGGAACUGUAAAAGCAAAUUCGUUCAUUAAAGAUGCACGGGAAACAUCCGGUCGAGCGAGGAAUAUAAUUCUCACUAAUUAAGGCUCAUCAGGUCGCAGGCCUCUCAAAAGCCGCCUCAUUGAUCGCCACGCCACGCCUCCCUCACCCUCCUCUUUGAAGGACGCCCCCGCAGGCCGCUUCCAGUAAUUCAGCUCCCAUUGGUCAAUCAGAGUGAAAGAAAAAAAAAAGGGAAGUGUCCUUUGUAUGGACGGCACGUGAAGGCCACAGGGAUCUGGAGAAACGCCGCGUGAUUGGUCAGCGGGAGUGAGGGUGCGACGUGUGCGGGAGCGGUAUUAGACGCGCCCCGCACCUUGCCCCAGCCCUGCCACGACUGUGAUGCGAGGUGACUAAAGUACUAAUUACAACCCCAGGAAGAAGAAGGAGGGCGAGGAGAAGUAGGAGGCGGAAGAGGGGGUAUUAAAAAAUGAUACUGCAAUUAGCGUGAAGCAUCCGGGGGUAAAAUCCUCGAAAAAAAAUGUAGUGUGAAAGUUGCGAGUGUUUGCCUUCUGGUCGUUCUCGUGCUCGAGGACACGGAGGAGCAGUGGAGAGACGUGGAGAAGGAGGGGAAGGAGGAGGAGGAGGAGGUGGCGGUGGUGUUGGCGGAGGAGAGGAAGAGGCAGCCAACCUUCCACCCUCCACCGACCAAGGCUGUUCAGGAAAAGUCCAAGGAAAUUCUUGCGAAAAAUUGCUCGUUUCUCGUGUGUGGGCUGCCAGUGGUGCGUUGUCCUUUUUUCUCUUCCUUUUUCGCGUAAGUGUUUUUUUGCCUUUAUAUGUGGAGGAGAGGAAUUGAACCUGAGCAGCAAGCGAAUGGCAGUGACUAAUCUUGAAAAAUAAAUACUGUGACAGACAACACACGUCCAUGAGUACUUGACAUUGUAGAAGGAAAGGAGAGAAAAUAAAAAGCGUGUUAUUGGAGACAAACAAAAAGGAAAAAGUAGUGGAACUGAUAUAGGUAAACCCUCGCACGAAAGGACACUUGAAGCUCGAUUCUGGCAACAUAGAGACAUACUGUGUGACAAGUGCCUGAGUGGGUGUACGCGUGUGUGUGGGUACGUGUGUAGCAAGUGUGGGCGUGUAAUUGUGCGCCAGGUGUCAUUGGACGGGAGAGUCUAGGAGAAAUCAAUUUGUAACUCGUAAGGAACCACCACUCGCUCUUCGCUAUUGGCACGUCGCUCGGUCCUGGCUCGGGGUGUCGGCAAUAUAUCGCCGCGCUGUGACUGUUUGGCACCCGCGCCUUGACGCUAUCUGGAAAGGACACAAAUUGGACAUCAAUACGGUUCACUUCGAGACGUUACCGUUACCGCCACGACCACCACCAUCGCCACUACCACCACUACCACCACCGCCACAAAGGUUACAGUCACCGUUCCCAUCACCUCCCUUGUAAUUUGCGUGUUACGACCCUGGGAAAUCAGAGGAUAUUAAUUGCCUCGUUUACGGCACGCACACAAAUAGCCUGCGGACUCAAGUAAUUAUAUCAGCCAUCGGGCACGCUCCUCUCCCCGGCAGUAAAUAAAUAAGGAUAACGCUCGCCACGAUAUGGAUGACGGACCCACACGCCUCCCUCAGACACGCGGCCGCUCUUUUGGUGAGGAAACAAGAAAUAAGUGUGAGCUGCGCCGCUUAAUGGAGGAGGACGUGUAGCAGAUAUACAGAAGAAACAGUCUCGUAAAGUGCGUUCAAGACGCUGUGUGUACCUGUGUGGGUGUGUCCUAAACCAGUGUGUUUAUACCUGUGCAUCGUUAAGUGUUCACUGACGCCGCCCACAAUGCUGCCCACGCCCGCUGCACGCCUCCUCGCCUUCCUCGCCUGCUGCUUGGGCGUUACCUUCACACCCGCAGCGGCUUAUCGUAAAGGUGUGAGGCAGCGAGUGGAGGCCGUUGCGGGGCGGGAGGCGGUACUGCCCUGCGUGGUGGGAAACAUCGAGGCCUCAGACAUGGUGUACGUGGUGCUGUGGUACAGGAACGGCAACAAGGAGCCCAUCUACAGUUACGACAACCGGCCGGGGCGCCUGCAGGCCUCCGAGGAGCGCCACCUGGUCAAGAGUCAUUUGCUGCAGGGCCGCGUCAACUUCCGGCCAGGUCACCAGCCGGCGCUGCACAUCAAACCCGUGAGGAGCACUGACCAGGCCAACUAUACCUGCAGGGUGGACUUCCGGAUAGCCACGUCGCGGCGCACACACCUCAGCCUUCACGUGGUGGUGCCGCCAGACGCUCCCAUCCUGAAGGCCGGGGGGCAGAGGGCGACAGACGGUGUGCUGGGGCCCCUGCAAGAGGGUACUUCCCUGGAGAUCACCUGCAGUGUGGCCGGCGGCGUCCCUCCUCCCACUGUCGUCUGGAAGCGGGAUGGGGAGGUCUUGGACUCGACAGCAGAGUCUCGGUCUCCGGCGCUCACCAUCAACCGGCUGAGCAUCCUGCAGCUCACGCGGGACUACCACAACGCCAAGCUCACCUGCGUCGCCUCCAACAACAACGUCACCGCCCCCGCCAGAGCCUCCGUCACCGUGAAAAUGAACCUACGCCCACUGGUGACGAGGAUAGAGGCCCCGCCCAAGUGGCUGAGGGUAGGGCGGGAGUUCGAGAUAGCCUGCGUGGUGGCGGGGAGCAGACCGCACCCCAACGUGACCUGGACGAUCGGCACUGUCACGAGCCUCACGCCGCUCAUCGCUGAGACGGAGCACGGGGUGAACAUGAGCACUUCCCGCGUCAAGGUGGUCGCCUCCCGCCGCCACCACGGCCAGCGCCUCACCUGCACCUCCGUCAACCCGCUGUUCCCGCUCGCCAGACUCACCGAUUCCACGCUCCUCAAUGUUACCUACCCGCCCGUGGCCACGAUAGAGCUGGGUCGCGGUGUUUCCUCGGUAGUAAAGGAGGGAGAGGAUGUUUACUUCGACUGCAACGUGGAUUCCAACCCGCCAACCUACAAGAUUUCGUGGUUCAGGAGAAGCCAGGCCAUCCUGCACCACCCUGCUGAAGGCGUCCUGCUCAGCGGCAACAGCCUGGCUCUGCGCCGCAUCACCAGGCACCAGGCGGGGCCCUACACCUGCGCCGCCUCCAAUGUCGAGGGGGACGCCCACAGUCCGCCCCUCACCCUCCACGUGAAUUACGCCCCGGUGUGUGCAGUGGGCGGGUCGGGGCGCGUGCUGGCUACGGGACUUGGCCAGCAGGUGAACGUCACAUGUCGGGUAGAGGCAGCACCGCGCUCCGUCAGGUACUCGUGGGUGUUCAACAACUCCCUCGUGUCCCACCGUCUGCCCGGCGACCAGAUCUUCGUCACGUCAGACGGAGGCAGUGUCGUUCAUUUCGUGGCCCGCACUCACCAGGACUACGGGACGCUGCAGUGUUGGGCGCAGAACACAGUGGGCAGGAUGACGCAGCCGUGCCUCUUCCACGUGGUGCCCGCAGGUCGGCCGGAGCAGCCUCAAGGGUGUCUGGUGGUGAACAAAACUUACAACUCCCUGGCGGUGGAAUGCACGCCGGGCUUCGAUGGUGGACUGAGGCAGGAGUUUAUUGCCAAGGUGUUCGAGGCAGUGACGGGGCGCGGACAAGCCAAUGUGACCGCGGAGUCCCCAAACUUCACUCUGGAGGGCCUCACGCCGGGCCUGGACUACAUCAUCCAAGUGACGGCGAGGAACAAGCUGGGCUCCUCAGAUCCUGUGCGGCUGGAGGCUCUGACAUACAAGAUGGCGGAGAAUAGGAUGCGGGACGAGCAAGGUGGUGAAGGCAACGGCGGCGGAGGACCAGGGGGCGGCAUGCUGCUUGUGAGUCUGGCGGCGGUGGCGACAGUGGUGGUGGUGCUGGUGGCGGCGGGUCUGGCAGGUCGCUGUCUCUGGGCCCGACGACACGAGAGGGACCUUAUCACCGGCGGCAGCAGAAGCACCAGAGGCUAUUCGGCGCCCCCUGAGAAGCACAGUGGGCGGCUAUCAGGUGAAGAAGCUACAGCUGUGGACGCCAGGGUGUUCGUCACAGUCAACCAGGACUCGAAGGAGAUCAUAACGACGAUUAUCCGAAGGAGUGACAAACUUUAGCGCCGCUACCAACGACCUAUGACGACGAGCUUCACUUUGAGGUUCCGACGAUCAGCUUGGAGGCGCACCGUGAGCCCAGAACGCGCAUAGCUGACCACGCGCUCUAAGCUCCCGCCCGUCAGCAACUCAGCGCAGCAACCCAGCUCAGCUCAGCCCACACUAGCUCCGACAUCCUUACCGCCCCGAGCCCAGGUUUCCAGCGUUAUAAUCCCCCCCCUUCCCUCCCGCUCUCCCAGACCCCCACACCACCCUAACACUUGUCAGUCCACAGCCAGCUCAUGUAUUUGCCUCUCACACGACGGAAACUAGCGGCGCAUCGGACAGUAAGAUCCAGGCGAGGCUUUCCGUCAUGAGGAGCGCGGCACUCUCGUUCAUCUCUGUCCCUCGGGUCUUCAGGCUCGUGGCAGGUGAUCUAUCCACUCUCCUGGGGGAUUGCGUCAUUCACUCCCGUAAUUACCCACAUUAGAUGUUACCCUAUUUGCGGGUGAAUGGGUUCGAGUCCUGGCGAGGGUGAGUCAGCGAUAAGCAGCCAGGGACGCCAGCCAUUUCACCAGCGUGCCACCGUUGAUUUUGAAUAGGGCUUAAAGAGUCGGGUCUGUGGGGCUGUCUAUGUCAGUCCCGCCCGCUCCCACCCACCCACACCCCGCCCCACUCCCUCCUCUUUCUGCAUGGCCAACCACCAGUCAGCUGUUCCGAAACUUUUUGUAAUAAUCCCCGUACCUACAAAUCCAGCCCUUGUUAAUGACCAGUCGAUUUGUUAGGAACGUAAUGAAAUAUAAACUGACUGAUGCAGAUGUACUAAUUUAAUUUUUCGUCCAUGCGUCUGUGUGAUUCGUGCAUAUUUGGAGCACGGGAAGCAUUUUGUCCACUGAUUGGUGAAAAGGUUUGCAAAACUGUAUGGUCUGUUUACUUCCCCUACUUUUUUCCAAAUUUUCCUUUUUUUUCCUUGCAUGGGGGGGAUAUGGCUGGAGGUGUUGACGGGGAUACAAUAACAGGAAACGAACUCGAUGUUGCAUUCUAUUUGUUCAUUCGUUAACUUGUUUAUUUGUGCAUUUGCUUACAUUGACCCAUCGCUGAGUGGCCUGUGUAGCCCCGUGUCGCCUGGUGCAGCCCGCGCAGACCAGGACACUGGCGCGGGAGGGGAAGGAAUAUUCUCCAGCACGAAACAGAGGCGAUGAACGUGCCCUGCGAGUCCCGAUUUCACUGCGUUUGCCCGAUCGAUGGAAUAUGCAGGGCGUCCACGGGCUUGAGGUCACAGAGUCUCCGUCGCGGGAGUGUGAUCGAGAAAAAAUAUGUUAUGAUGAGGAGCCGACAAGUAGCCUCCCUUUUAUCACUCCUCCAUCGAUCCCUCCUCCUCUCCCUGCCGCCCCCUCACCCCCUCCGCCGUCUUGUUCUGUAUCUUGGAUCUUGUUAAUCUUUUUACUGCCAAGGCAACAGACGGGAUUCGAUGUUGGAAACGUAAUAAGAAGUUGUAUAUAAGAAGAUCCCUACCAACCCCCUCCCUCCACUCCAUACGUCCCCUGUUUCCCCUUACUCCCUCCCUCUCCCCUUUUCGUACCUCCUCCCUUUCGGUCUUCAUUACAAUCGUUAGUGUCCGUCAUAAUGUAAAUAUCGGAUAUUCACUAGUAGCGUCUCAUGUGUAAUGUAUAUGUAGCUGUGAUAAUAGUUUUUAUAUGUAAUAUAAAUGGCGUAUAUUUUUACAGUCGACAUGGUACAGUGUUUUCGUGUCCAUGUAUGAAGUGUUAGACAAUAAAGGUUAUUGCAUUUACUCACU